ACUAAGAAAAAAAGAGAAUUUAAAAAUUAUUUAAAAUAACAUACACAUCAUAAUUCACAUCAUUUAUUUAAAAAUAUAAAUACAUAAAGAAUUCAACAAAAUGUUCAAUUUAUAUCAGAAUUUAAAUAAAAGAGAUGAUGAUCAUAAAGAAUCAGAUGUCACAGGACAUGAUAGAUUUUGGCAGGAACGUCCGAAAACACGUCGAAAACGUCGUGCUAUCAAUCGAAGAACUCAAAGUGCCAUUGAACUCGAUUCUGAGGCUAUAGUCUCUGCUCGAAGUACUUUUAGUACUUUUAGGCGUGGAAGAAGCGCAAAUAUCGAAGACGAAGAUAGUGACGAAGAAAAAAGUUAUCAAUUUACCAAUAAAAUUGACAAUCUAGCCAAAAUAUUAUUUAGUCGUGUAUCUGCUGCUCGAAGUUGUAAAGAUUCUGAUGUUAGAGAACGAUGGUUGCUCGCUAAUAAUACUAAUGCGACUAAUACAAUUUGUAGUCGUUGGUGUCUGCAUCUAAUUUGUUAUUGGUAUCAUUUGAGGAAUCGUUCAUCAACGCAAGAAAUAAUUCAUAAGCGCAAUUAUAAUUUUUCAAAUAAAGCGGAAAACAAUACUGUUGAUUGGAAUGGAAAACAUAAUUAUACAGAAUUGGGUCACGGAUCAUCUAUUUGUGAAAGUGUUGGCGAAUGUAUGGAAAUGGAGAAGAGGUCCAGGGAUCGUGCCUUAUCAAUUUGUCAAACUUAUGUUUGUAGAACAUCACGUUAUAAUUUCGUUAAACAGUUAAAUAAUCUCGGUUCUAGAAUGGACAAACAUUGGUUCAUAGUCAGAGAUACUUCUUUAAAAACCGAUCGAUUGAUUACGUUAGUUCCAUUGACUAAAAACUGUUUAUUGAAUAUAACUCCAAUGACGAAGAAUGUUUUGAAUGAUUUAUUCUUAGCCCUGCAACAUCCAUACAUAUGCCCUAUAUUUGAUAUCGAUUUUCUUGAAUAUGAUAAUAAAAAUUAUGUAAUUGUAGUUCAACCAAUAAGUCAAGGUAGUCUGAAAGAUUUGAUAUAUGGGAUCGAAAGAACAGGUUGGAAUGAAGAUUGGAAUCAAAAAUAUAGUUCUCAUGGUAAAGGACUUCCUUUACCUCAAGUUCAACAAAUGGGACGUCAAAUACUGGAAGCAUUAAUUUUUUUAAAAGAAAGAGGAUUUCCGACUGUAAUCCAUUUGCAUUCAGGAAAUGUGCUCAUUCAAAAUGGUGUCGCACGUCUCGCUGGUCUUGAAAAUACGCUUCUUGGUUUUACCAGUCGAAUACAUCCAUUAAUUUUUUCUCGAAUAUCACAAACUAUUUCAAUUGACAUGACAUGUUUUGGUCACAUGCUAUUUGAAAUGUGCGCUGGUUACGAAUUACCAUCAUUUAAGCCAAAUUCUGUUCAUCUAUCGGAUAUUGAAAUGUAUCCUCAAGUCAUCGAGUUAUUCAAAUUCAUAUUUGAUGAAUUAUCUAAUCGUCAUAAGAUUAUCGAGGAAAUUCUUGUUCAUGAUUUAUUCAGAAAUAUUGAUCUUCGUGAAAUGCGAAGUGUUCCCGUUACGUUAUUUCGUCCAAUCUUAACGCCGCCCAUUGUAAACUUUCUCGACAAUAUUAAACGACAAAAUGCUAAUAAGAGGCAAAGAUCGCGUUCUAUAAGCGACAUCUAUUUGACACGCAGAUUUUGAAUUAUACAUUUCGAUAGUAUCGAUAUUGAUAUGACAUCUUUACAUAAACGAUAUUCCAUUUGUAAAAAUUCUUUACUUGACGAAAUCUACAACGAACUUUCGAAUACAACUAUAUAAUUAAUAAAAAUAUUUAUUUUGUUAUUGCUAUUAUUAUAUUCAUAUGUUUCUUUACAAAAA